GGCGGGGGAGACGCAGUCGCGCACACGCAUUGGCUACACGCGCUCUAGACAAAUCCGUGCUCGAGUGACGUGGGGACGUGUGCGCGUUGAAUAUCUCCUAUAUACUAUCAGUCUUGAGAGAGGUUCACAUUCGCAACUUGUUUUUAUUAUAAUUUGACGACAUUUUUAAGGCUUUCUGAGACGCGCAAAGCUCUCCGUUCUGUUGUUUUGUAACUCGUUUACAGUCCAUUUCUCUUGAUAUGCAAUUUUCUCUCCUCGUCUUCCUCUUUGGGAGUGCGACGGUCUUCAAACACGAGACAAACUAAACUGGUUUUUUAUCAGCAAUGACUAGAAGUGACACAAAGUAAGACUGUACACUCACCAAGGCAUCAACACAAGCUUCUCCGUUGCGGUCGACCUGUGAGAGCAGCAGAGAAACGGGGAGUAAACGAGCGCAGGAAGGAGAAAAGGAGUGUGCGAGGACAGUCGAUGGAUGCUGCCCGGAUUGAAGGGACAGCACAUUCUCAUCUGACGAGGAAAAGAAAGAUUUCAAAAUUGAGUCGAAGGACAGAAACUCGCCGUCAGGCAUGGUGUGUGAGAAGGGUAUUCAGAUCCUUCUCACCAUCGUGGGUGCUUUCGCAUCCUUCGGCCUGAUGACGGUGGCUAUCGGCACUGAUUAUUGGCUGUAUUCGCGGGCGCUCAUCUGUAACAGCACCGCCAAUACCACACAAGAGGAUCCCCAUAAUAAGGAGAAGAAGGACCCCGGGGCCUUGACGCACUCUGGCCUGUGGAGGAUCUGUUGUCUGGAGGGGGUAAAGCGUGGCGUGUGCUCCCAGAUCAACCACUUCCCAGAGGACGCUGACUUUGAUCAUGAUGGAGCAGAAUAUGUCCUGCGAGUGGUCCGGGCCUCCAACAUCUUUCCCAUUCUUAGUGCCAUCCUGCUGCUAAUGGGAGGAGUCUGUAUCGCAGCCAGCCGUUUCUACAAGAGCAAAAGGAACAUCGUGCUGGGUGCUGGCAUUCUCUUUGUGGCGGCAGGCCUGAGUAACAUCAUUGGUGUGAUAGUGUACAUUUCUGCCGCUCUGGGUGACAUUUCCCCAAAGAAGGACGAGGAUAAGAAAUGGCAGUACUCCUACGGCUGGUCCUUCUACUUCGGCGGUCUCUCCUUCAUCCUGGCCGAGAUGGUGGGCGUGCUGGCGGUAAACAUCUACAUCGAGAAGAACAAGGAGCUCCGCUGUCGUUCUCGCACCGAUAUCUUCAAGAGCACCACUCAUGCCAUGCUACGGCUCCCGAGCUACCGCUUCCGCCGCAGAUCGCGUUCCAGCUCCCGAUCCACCGACCCCUCGCGCUCACGAGACCCUUCUCCCGUGGGCGGCCCGCCGGGGGGAAAGAACUUCGGAAUGCCCCCGUCCGCUUUACUCUCCCAGGGGCCCAUCUCUGUAUCCACUCUACCCAACCCUCACUCACGGUCCGCUCUGCCAGGGGGCGAUAUUUCCCUUUACACCCUUUCCCGAGACCCCAAACUGGGUGGCUUGGGAGGGCUGGGCGCCCCUCCGCUGUACGGCACGGUGGACCGUGCCACUCUAUACCAGCUGCACAACUGCUUCCCUAAGGAGAGCGGAGGGGGCGGAGGAGGCAUGAUGAUGAGCGGGACGCUGCCCUCGCUCAAAUCCCACAAUCCCUCAGCAGUCCAGAAUUCUUCCAACUCCAACGCGCCGCUCAGCAACUCCGUCCCGUCGUCCCAGCCUCCCCCUUUCUCCUCGUCUACGGUGGAGCGGGAACGAGGGAUGGGAACGCUGGAUAGGCUAGGAAAAGGUGAUAGAGAGAGUAACUCCAACACGCUAAAUAGGAAAACUACACCAGUUUAGACAGAUAAAGGAGCAAAAAGCGAGAAUACCGUUGGUGGAAAGACUGGAAAACAACUAAAAAGAGGAUAAGGACAAACAUCUCAUAAUAACAACAACACUCAUGUUUUUUUUAACAACAUGUUUAAUCUUAAUGAAUCCAUAAUCAUGGGAUACUGUGAUAUUUAGAUGUGGAAUUUCAAGACGGUGAAGUGUUGUUGUUAUUACGACUAAGUUUGAACCGCUAGCUCUUAACAUGUUGAAUAAUUCUAGUUUUUAAGCUAGAUUUCGAUUUUCAAAGAUUUCUGACUGUGAUUCCAAAACGUGAUACUGAGCACUGCGGAAACAUGAGUGUAUUCAAUACGUGUGAGAAUGAGAUUACUAUUACGACUAACUUUGUGAGAAGCAUUUUAUUUAUUUUCAAGAAAGUUUUAUUUUCUACCCUUUGAUAACAUGCAAUUUAGUGUAAUAUCUGUAUAUCUGUCUUCCAGCUCAGUAAACCAUAAUUGAUGGACUGAAAUGAGAGUUAAACGAAAAGAUUUUUAUAUAAAUCUACCAUCAUAUUAUUUUUGUUAAAAUCACUGUUAGCAGUAGACGUAGCACUUGUCAAAUUGAAUUGAAAAUAUUUGUUUUGGGGCAUUAAAACAUUCCCUCACUUGUUCAAAGAGGGACAGAUGAUAUAUUUGUAUAGAGAAAAUGGUGAACGAUGACAUUCAGAAGAGGGACUUCUAUCCAAAACUGUGCUUUUCAAAUCGGAAAAAAAAAAUACAUUUUGAAAUGCAAAUGUAUAUUACACAUAACUGUAUUUGAAGAAAAAAAAAAAGAGCGCUACAUAAAAAAAAAAUCUAGAGUACAGGUGUGAAAAAAAAAGAAAAAAGGGCGGAAUGGGUGGGUGGGGCUUUUUUUUUGAAUAUGUAUGAGGACAUUGUCUUCCUUAAGCUCUGAUUGGGCUACACUCGUACGUUGGGGCAUGUCCUGUGUCUUUUGUGUUUUCCCUUCAUCGUGUCAUGUGAACAUGACAGCAUCCCAAAGGCAAAGCUCCCCUCCAAAAAAAAAUGAAAAACAAACAAAAAAACAAAACAAAUGUUCACUGUGCUGCACCUGACUCCCUUUGACUGUCUGCUUCUCUAAGUGAGAGAUGAUAUAUGUGGACAUUCUGCUAACCUUUAACCUUUACUCCAUGAUCCCAGCCAACAAGAGGUCAACACAGGACAUUACAUAACAGAGUGCAAAUGGGCAUCAAAUCACGAUCUCCUGCAACCGGGGGUCUUUUAAGUCAUUAAAAAAUGUGAAAAACUACACAGACAGCAUUUAUGUGGUCAGUUAUGAAUAUUAUGUAGUUGAGAAUAGAUAUAUCUAGAGAAAAUAUGGUUUAUCUUAAUGUGUGAUAAACUCUAACACUGUAUUGCACGAAUUUUAUAUAUAAAAGAAACA